AUGAAUAAUCAGAAAAUUAUCAACAGUACUUACAUUACAAAAAAAAGAGUAUCUGCUGGAUCCUUUGGUGUUGUAUAUUAAGGAUAAGAUAUAAAUACAAGAAAUUUUGUAGCAAUAAAGAUAGAUAAAGAAAGUAAAGAAGAAUCAAGUUUAUAAAGAGAAGUAUUAAAAUUUCAAUUUUAGGCAGAAAUUUUAAGAAAACUUUAACAUUUAUAACAUAUACCCAAAUUUUAUUGGGCUGGAAAAGAAUAAGAUUUAUUUGUUCUAGUCAUACAAUAUUUAGGAAGAGAUUUAACUCAUUAUAUGAAGACUUUUAGAAAAUUUUCUUUAAAAUGUGUACUUAAUAUUGCUGAAUAGAUGAUUAACAUCUUAGAAAGCUUACAUAGAAAGUAUAUUAAUAACUUAAUUUAGUAAAGUGUUGCAUAGAGACAUAAAACCUGAAAAUGUUUUAGUUGGAAAAGAAGAUGAAGAAAAUUAAUUAUUUAUUGUAGAUUUUGGCAUAAGCAAAUUUUACAAAGAUGAAAAUGAAUCUCAUAUGUAUAUUUUAAUCCAAAAGCAUCUAGAUCCUUUAGAGAUAAUUAACCAUUUAUAGGAACAACUAGAUAUGCUAGCAUAAAUGCUCAUAAAGGCUAUUCCUUAAGUCGAAGAGAUGAUAUGGAAUCACUUGGCUAUAUGUUAAUAUUUCUACUUAAAGGUAUAAAGCAUAUUAAAUAUAAGGUUAAUUACCAUGGUAAAAUUUAUAAUUUACAUCAGAAGAGAAUAAAAUUAAGUAAGUUGGUUAGAUGAAAAUCAAAAUGAAAGUAAGUGAAUUAUGUCAAGGCCUACCUAUUGAAUUUACAAGAUAUUUAGAUUAUGUUAGAGGAUUAUAAUUCAAAUCAGAACCAAAUUAUAAAUAUUGUUAAUCUUUAUUUAAAAAAGUUUAGAUAGAACAUAAUUAUGUACCAAAAGAGUUAGUUUUUGAUUGGAAUAUAUCCUAAAAGAUAGAAAAAGAAGGUUAAAGUACUAGCAGUAAUUUAUUUAACAGCAAACCAUCUUUGUAAAAAUAUCAUUCAUAUUUAGAUUUAGAAAAACUAAAGAUGAUUUAUCAUCAAAUAAUAUCUUUGGAUCACAAUUAAAUUAAUCAAUCGAAUAAGAAAUGAAUUCUUUAUUAAGAACUCCUGAAUAAAAAAAAUCUACAUUAACUCCAGAAAUACUACGUAAAAAGGGUAGAAUUUAAUCAAUUAGCAGUUACAAUGAUACAAUAUCAGAUAUAGAAUUUAAUAAUAGUGUUUUAUUAGGAAUCUAACCUAGUAUUUUAAGUAGGUUAAGCAAGAUUUCUUUUAAUUCAAAUUCUAGAGUGAAAAAUAGUAAAUCUAAUAUUUCUUUGACUCCUGAGAUAAAAGCAAAAAAGGAUAAUCAUUUACAAUUUUAACAUGAUUUAUAUUUAGAAAAUUUAACAGGAAUAAAGAAACGUAAAUCUUAACUUAGUUAUUCUCCUAAAAAGAGGGAUGAUGAAACUAUUUGUGAAUGUUCAAAAAUGAAUGAAGCAGAAGAAGGAAUAGAAAGAAAAUAUAUUGAACUAAAGCUUCGUUUUGUAAAUGCGUAUGUAAUUUUAUGUUAUUAAAUAGUCGUUUCAAAUUUUAACCAAAUAAAUGUUUAAAGUGAAUUUAAAGUGUUAUUUUUUCACAUUCUC